UGAACAGAAAGUUCGAUUCCUGUUGGCAAGUGCUUUACUGGGGGUUGUUUGCCGGUUAUUUUUAGUUUCUUGCGGCAGGAUGUUCGCCGGAUUACCGGAGCUCGGUGUGUCUAAUGGGGAAGAUCUCAAGGAGACCCUUACUAACUGCACUGAACCUCUAAAAGCCAUAGAGCAAUUCCAGAUUGAAAAUGGAGUUCUCCUUCCUUCUCUGCAAUCUGCUUUGCCAUUCUUGGAUCUGCACAGUAUCCCCAGGCUGGAAUUUCAUCAAACCGUCUUUGAUGAGCUGCGGGAGAAGUUACUGGACAGAGUGUCCGUUAUCGCCUCAGAAGGAAAGGAUGAGCAAAGGUACACCAAACUGGAGGAGCUGUUGGAAAAGUGUUUUGCAUUGGUGAAAAUGCCCUCGAUACAGCCUGUUGUGAUGUGCGUGAUGAAGCAUCUGCCCAAAGUGCCGGAAAAGAAGCUGAAGUUGGUUAUGGCAGAUAAGGAGCUUUACAAAGCUUGUGCGGUGGAGGUAAAGCGGCAGAUUUGGCAAGAUAACCAGGCGCUGUUUGGUGAUGAGGUUUCGCCUUUGCUGAAGCAGUACAUACUAGAGAAGGACAACAUCCUGUUAAGCAGUGAUCUCUCAGUUCUUCACAAUUUCUUCAGCCUAUCCCCCAAAACCAGACGACAGGGUGAGGUAGUGCAGAAACUAACUCAAAUGAUCGGGAAGAAUGUGAAGUUGUACGACAUGGUCCUCCAGUUCCUGCGCACUCUCUUCCUGAGAACUCGCAAUGUGCAUUAUUGUACCCUGCGUGCCGAGCUGCUUAUGUCUCUCCAUGACCUAGAUAUUAGUGAAAUCUGCACUGUUGAUCCUUGUCACAAGUUUACCUGGUGUCUGGACGCCUGUAUCCGGGAAAAAUUUGUGGAUGCCAAGAGAGCUCGAGAACUGCAGGGCUUUCUGGAUGGUGUGAAGAAGGGCCAGGAACAGGUUCUUGGGGACUUGUCAAUGAUUCUCUGUGACCCUUUUGCUAUCAACACUUUAGCAUUAAGUACCAUCCGAAAUCUUCAGGAGCUUAUCAGCCAAGAGUCCUUGCCAAGAGACAGUGCGGAUCUGUUGCUGCUUUUGAGAAUGCUGUCUCUUGGACAUGGUGCGUGGGAUAUGAUUGACAGCCAGGUUUUCAGGGAACCCAAAUUGGAUUCCGAGCUGAUCACCAAAUUCCUCCCGCUGCUGAUGGCGCUUGUAGUAGACGAUUACACAUUCAACGUGGAGCACAAGUUACCUACAGAGGAGAAGGCGGCCGUCUCAUAUCCCAGUAACCUACCGGACGUAUUUACAAAAUUCCUACAAGAAAACCGAAUAGCCUGCGAGGUGGGGCUGUAUUACACGCUGCAUAUCACCAAACAAAGGAACAAGAACUUUCUGCUGCGACUGCUUCCAGCACUAAAGGAAACCUUCAGCGACUCUGCGUCAGCGGACAUCUUCCUUCACCUUUUCACCAGUAACCUCACACUGCUGUCUGACGAGUUUGGUUCAGAGGAAUUUUGCACCAGUAUUUUUGAUAACUUCUUUGUUACAUUUUGCACAAAGAAAGAAAAUGUUCAUAGACACGUGCUCAGAUUGCUGCUUCACUUACACCACAAAGUGCUGCCUGCCAAACUGGAAUCUCUAAAUAAAGCUUUGGAACCUACCAAGACGAGUGGUGAUGCAGUAAAGGACCUUUACAACCAGCUAACUGAGAAAUCCCAACAGAAGAAGCCAAGCCCACCACCAGCAGCAGCAGAACCAGAACCUACACCUAUGGACAUCCCACUGCAUAACGUCCCUGCUCCUCCUAUCCUUUAAAUGUUGUAACAUUGUGUAAUGUUUAGCUUAGAAUGGAGAUGCCUACCUCUAGCGUUGACGACUGAAGAGCAUGGCCGGGUCCCAUCUUGAGUCGGUGAGGUUCAGAUGCUUUCUCACAUAAAGAGACCUGUGCGACUUCUACACGGCCUACAUACACUGGAGCUGAGUUCUCUUGUUAUAAAAGACCCAUACAGUGUGAUCACAGCACACAGAGUAGCCUUUCUGCAGAUUGUACAGAUAGUGUCAGAUACCCCUAUGGUGUUCAGUAGGAUGAUAUUGCCUACACUGGGUUUUCUGUUGGAAUAUGGCUGUAAACAAUGGCGGCACCCAAUAUCACAAUGAAAAUAUUGCUCAGUUUAGACUUUCAAUAAGAUUGUUAGUUAACGGCCAAGGAGGGGGGAAUUGUGUAGCUCAAUCUGGCAGCCCUGAGUUAACAAGAGGCUGACACGUAAACGUUUUUGUUUUCAUUGAGAUCGCCGUUUUGAAUGUCAUGUUCAAGACGGCCUUUCUACUCUCGCUACUUUCUGUCAUUUAUCACAGUGGCAUUUCAAUAGUAAACCCUCACUAUGGAGUAAAUGACAGCACUAGUUUGUGAUGUGCAUUUCACAUAUAUUUUUCUAUAACUGGAGAGCACACUAAAGGCAGAACUGUUUUUAUAUUUUGUUUUUUUCCCACAAACCAGUGUGAGUAAAAGAUAUUACAUUGUAUACCUUGUUUAAGAAUCAGAAAAGCAUUUGCGUUUAAAUAUUGAAUAUUGUUUUUUAUUUUAUAAAUAAAUAAAACUGUUUGGUUUAUACUAGUCUUUUUAAAUAAAUAUUUUGCAACCACCA